AUGACUGAAUACUUUGUAGGAAAAUUAGAAGAACUUGAAGAAAAAAAGGUUAAAGAAGUUACUGUCAAGGAUAACUUGAAAGUUCUUCUAUCCAAAUUUGAUGGGCAGGUAUACGCUACCUCUCACAAGUGUACGCAUUAUGGAGUAAGUCAUUAUUGGGAUUAUGUUUUAAAUUAUUCGGAAUGCAAACGAACAAAAGUUCUUAAUAUUGGCUUCCCUUAUCAACGGCGUUUAUUCGACCCUUGGCAUGGUGCCUGUUUUAACCUUACUACUGGUGACAUAGAGGAUGCACCCGCAUUAGACCAUCUUCAGAAAUAUAAGGUCAUUAUGAAAGGAAAUGAUAUUUACAUUGAAACCAAUGAAUCAACUCUAAAAGCUGCUAGGAGAAUUCCAAAAUGUUCUUCUGGUGUAUCCCCGUUCAACGAUUAUGUUGUGGUGAUCAUUGGUGGUGGUGCAGCUGGUAACGCAGCAGCGGAAAAGCUUCGCGAGGAUGGAUUCGAAGGGAGGAUUGUGAUUAUAAGUCGCGAAACUUAUUUGCCAAUCGACAGACCUAAACUCAGCAAAGGCUUAGGAAUGCAACUCGAAAAAAUAGAGCUCAGGAAGAAAGAGUUUUACAAUGACAUGUAUAUUACGUUAAAAUUAGGAAUGUCCGUUACCGCAGUGGAUUCCGAAUCAAAAGUUGUUACCAUUAGUAACAAUGAAAAAUUUAAAUAUGACUCACUUAUUAUUGCUACCGGUGCUUCACCACGUUCUAUCCCAAUUCCUGGAAUUGAUCUUGGCGGUGUUUUAUAUCUCCGUACUUAUGAUGACCAUAAAAGAAUUGAAAAUGCCGUGGCCGGUGAAGAAAAAAAAAAUGUAGUGAUCAUCGGAUCAUCAUUUAUUGGAAUGGAGGUUGCAGCGAUUUGCGCUAAGAAAGCAAAUGUAUCCGUGAUUGGAAUGGAAACGGUUCCAUUCGAAAGAAUUCUUGGUCUUGAGGUUGGAAGAACAAUCCAAAAAUUACAUGAAACCAACAAUGUAAAAUUCUAUAUGUCGGCUUCAGUAAAGGGCAUUGAACCUUCAAGCACCGAUCCUACCAAAGUAGGGGCGGUAAUAAUAAAUGAUGGCGUCAAGAUUCCUGCCGACAUUAUUGUAGUCGGAGCUGGUGUGGCACCGGCAACGGAAUUCUUAAAAGAUUCUCGGGGAUUCACGCUGGAGAAGGAUGGAAGCAUCAAAGUUGAUGAAAAUUUCAAAGUUGUUGGGCUUAAGGACGUCUAUGCAAUUGGCGAUAUUGCAAGAUUUCCAUAUCACAUUACUGGAGAGAGUCUUCGCAUUGAACAUUGGUCGUUUGCCGUGAAUACAGGCAGAGCCGUUGCAGAACUGAUAGCCAAAAAGCGACUUGUGCCGUUUAAAAGAAUUCCAUACUUUUGGAGUGCCCAAUAUGGUAAAAGUUUAAGAUAUGCUGGUUAUGCAAGCAGUUACGAUGAUGUGAUUGUGCAUGGAAGCUUGGAAGAAUUGAAAUUUGCGGUCUACUAUUCUCGUGGUGAUAAAGUUUUGGCAGUUGCCACAUUGGGAAAAGAUCCGUUAGCAUCCCAUUGUGCUGAAUUGUUAAGGCUUGGCCUACUUCCAAGUGCCACAGAAAUUCGAGCUGGCAAGGAUCCUUUGGAUAUUGAAAUAAAAGCUUGA